AUCAGUAUACUAAGUCUUCCCUAUAUAUUACUCAAAAUGGAGGAAGUUGUGGUUUUUUACAAAUUCACAAAGAAAGUAGUAUCCAUUAUUUUCAUCCUAACUCUGCUGCAAAACAUGGCUGGUAAAGCCUUCGGCGGUGAUUAUUGUAGUACAGAUGGAAUGUUCUGCUAUCCUAAUCCCGGCUCACGCUGUUGUGAUGGACUUGCAUGCGACGAAGAUAAAACUUUAUGUUACACUUUACCCCCUGGGGUGUCCGACUGGUGCGCAGACGUCGGACACCAUUGUAGUCUUCUUGCUAAAACGUGUUGCGGAGGACACAAAUGUUCAAGCGUGAUUAGAGGGAUUUGUAAAUAGUCGUCAUAUCACAACACACAUCUUAUGUGGCCGGAGAUUUACUUCAAUUCUUUUGAGCUUGUUUGAUUAACUACUUCGACCUGUGGUUAUUCUUAACUGGACUUCGUUUGAUUUAAUUUGUUAUGUAUUUCUCUUGUAGAUAUAGUAUAAUAUUUUAUUAAUUAAUUAUUUUUUAAUAUAAAAAGAGAAAUAAUGUAUAUC